AACAAGAAAAAGAAAGAUAAAGAUUUCUUUUUAGAUAAAACCUUUUUUUUUUCUUUUUUUUUCUUAUGCUACAUAGAGCAUGUCUUGCAAGUUGUAAGUUGCAAUUUGCAAACUACAAGUGACUGUGUGUGUAAAAUGACAUUUUCAAGGCUUAGUGACUAUGGAGUUGCAGAAAUAACAUGGGAAAAUGGUCAACCAGCCAUGCAUGGGUGUGGAAUAACCAAUGAAACACUAGAAUCCAUUGUUCAUCAUGCUACAACAUGUUACAACCCAAGUGAAAAUCAACAAGUUGACCUACAAACAAGUCAAAAUAUACAAACAACACACAACAUAAGCUCCAAUGUUGCAUCUUCUAGUGGCGCAGGCCCGAGUUACCGAAAGAAACGGCCCAGAUCAUCUGCAACUGUCCAUGAUCAAUGUGCAAGAAAGUUGGGUUUGCAAGAAGAUAAUAUUAGCAAUAGCAAAGAUAAUGACACUACAAUGAUGACAUGGCCCUCACCCGACUCGACGAAUCAGAGCUUGAAGAGUAAAAACACGGAUGAUGACUCUGCUUGUCAACAUGGAUGGAAGAAUCAAGAAGAAGAAGAAAGCCGGAAUGAGGGUGACACAAUUCGAUCGCAAUCAAGUCGGCCAAGUAGAGCUGCAGCUAUUCAUAACCAAUCUGAGCGGAGACGAAGAGAAAGGAUUAACCAGAAGAUGAAAGCUCUACAGAAGCUGGUGCCUAAUGCUAAUAAGACGGAUAAAGCUUCGAUGUUGGACGAAGUGAUAGAUUACUUAAAGAAGCUACAAACACAAGUGCAGUUAAUGAAAAGCAUGUUGAUUCCACCACCACAAAUGAUGAUACCGGUACCCCUACAAUUGCAACAACCGCAACACCACCUUCAGAUAUCAAUGCUAGCGCAAAUGGGCAUGGGGUUAGGCUUUCAGAUGGGUAUGCCCCUGCCACUUCAGCAUCCUUUCAUGGUCCCACAAACAAUGGCUAGCCCCUGGUCACACACAAUCCACAAUCACCCGUCCACCAACACUACAAAUCCUUUCACCGAUCCUCAUGGUGUGUUUCCAGCACAAGUAUGUCAAGAAUCGGAAAGGCGGUAGUUCAUGUUUGACCUUUUGUAGUCAAACAUCUAGUUUUCAACUCCAGUUGGUGAUCAAAGUCUUCUUUUUGUGCAGCAUAUGAACACGAAUGAGUGAUAAUAAGCAAAAGUAUCUUGUUCUUAUUACUAAUGUUUAUUACAACUAUAUAUGCAUUAUGUGUUGAUCAUUUAAAAGUCUUUUUUUGUGUAUC